AUGGGUCGCGUAUCUGAAACCGUCAAGUACAGGCCCGGCAGAAAGACCCGCACUGCCUCCAACAUAGCCACCACCGGAGACAACAUCCCCAUUCAGAGCGAGAGGCAACGCGCGCGUAUCGCUUCUGAAAUGGCCGAGUCAUUGGCAGUACCAGUACCCUGUGAUAGCAGCUUGAUGGUCAGCCUAGAGGAGCCAGUGAACAGAGUCGUUUCACCCAUACCCAUCGCUCGGGAAGAGAGCAAGGAGGCAGAUGCCACCACAGUUAGUUUCACGGCACUUCCAGAACGUCCUAUGUGCUGGACGGCGACCAGGUAUUAUGGUAUCGAGUCGAGCAUGCGUUGGCGCGAGGGAGUCGACCCGAUCCAGAAGCGGUUCUCGUCCUCGAACGGUUCGUGGCGGUGUCAAGACCGGUUUGCGGUGUUUUUCCGUCCUGGAGAUGACAUUGGACCAGACCAGGUUGUGAAGAAGACCUUUUGGAGCGAAGCCUGGCCAUAUCCCAUCGAGACCAUCCUGUACGGUACCACAGCAACGACAUCCACCCCAUCCUCCACAACAACAGCUUCCACCACAGCCAUCGCCGCCAGUAGCAGCAAGAACGGUGGGCUGAAUCGGUAUUCUUCAACGAGGGGCAUGGAGACGAGUGAAGGAGAGCGGACAGGUGGUUAUCGGUCAGACCAUGAGGGUGACCGGCAGAUCUCGCGUGGAAGGACGGGUUCUCGCCAGUACUCGGCCGGCGAGAAUGUGCUGAAGACGGCGGCGUCGUUCCCUUCGAGUGGCCGCAGCCGCGAUCCGCGGUAUAUUACGUCGGAGGGCGUCUCGAAGAUUGCCAAGGUGACGAUUCCGAUGCCGGAUGUGGCGAUUGACCAGAUGGAGUUGGUCAAGGCGCCGGUCAAGGUUGAGCUGUGUAUCUAUAUUCUCGAAUCCCCUCUCCGCGUGAACGCGACCGCGACGCUCCUGGGCAGGACUGUUGAAGGCACGACGGAGCUCUACGUUUAG